AUUAAAAAUCAGUCCAUUUUCUGAUAAGCUAAGAAAGCAGCAGCAGCAGCAGUACCAGCUAUAUUUCCUCGUUUCAGCACCAAGCUGUGAAUUUGUGGUUUAAACCUCAACAUUACUUCGCAGCCAAACCAUAUUUUUCCAAGGUUAUAAUCUUGAUUUAUAAGAAUGGGGUUGGAGCUUCAUAUUUCCUUAUCUAUAAUCCUUCCUUUCUUCCUCUUGGUGUUCAUCCUAAUCAUCACACUUUGGAGAUCAAAGACCAAGAAUUCAAACUCCAAGUUGCCACCAGGACCAAGGAAGCUACCCCUCAUAGGGAGCAUACAUCAUCUUGGAACUCUGCCUCAUAGGUCCCUAGCAAGAUUGGCAAGUCAAUAUGGUUCUCUCAUGCAUAUGCAGCUUGGUGAGCUAUAUUGCAUAGUGGUAUCUUCGCCCGAAAUGGCGAAAGAAGUGAUGAAUACACAUGAUAUCAUCUUUGCAAAUAGGCCUUAUGUGCUUGCUGCUGAUGUUAUCACAUAUGGCUCUAAGGGCAUGACCUUCAGCCCACAAGGAACUUAUUUGAGGCAGAUGAGAAAGAUUUGCACCAUGGAACUACUAGCACAAAAGCGUGUCCAGUCCUUCAGAUCAAUCAGGGAACAAGAGUUGUCAAUUUUUGUCAAAGAGAUAUCUUUGAGUGAAGGGUCACCAAUUAAUAUCAGUGAGAAGAUUAAUUCAUUGGCAUAUGGGUUACUAUCACGGAUUGCUUUUGGUAAAAAAUCCAAAGACCAACAGGCUUAUAUAGAGCAUAUGAAGGAUGUCAUUGAGACAGUUACAGGGUUUUCUCUUGCUGAUUUGUAUCCUUCAAUUGGACUUCUACAAGUUCUUACUGGGAUUAGGACUAGAGUUGAGAAGAUCCAUCGAGGAAUGGAUAGGAUACUUGAGAACAUUGUCAGGGAUCACAGAGAAAAAACUUUGGACACAAAGGCUGUUGGAGAAGAUAAAGGGGAAGAUCUAGUCGAUGUUCUUUUAAGGCUUCAGAAGAAUGGUGACCUCCAACAUCCCCUGUCUGACACUGUUGUCAAAGCAACCAUUUUGGACAUUUUCAGUGCUGGAAGCGACACUUCAUCAACAAUUAUGGUUUGGGUAAUGUCAGAGCUAGUGAAGAACCCAAGGGUGAUGGAGAAAGUGCAAAUUGAGGUAAGAAGGGUCUUUGAUGGAAAAGGAUAUGUGGAUGAAACAAGUAUUCAUGAACUGAAAUACUUGAGAUCAGUUAUCAAAGAAACUUUGCGUUUACAUCCACCUUCUCCAUUUCUGCUUCCAAGGGAAUGCAGUGAGAGAUGCGAGAUUAAUGGGUACGAGAUACCAACCAAAAGCAAAGUCAUUGUUAAUGCAUGGGCAAUUGGGAGGGAUCCUAACUAUUGGGUUGAGGCUGAGAAAUUUAGUCCUGAAAGGUUCCUUGAUAGCCCAAUUGAUUACAAAGGUGGUGAUUUUGAGUUUAUCCCAUUUGGAGCUGGAAGGAGGAUAUGCCCUGGCAUCAAUCUUGGCAUUGUUAAUGUUGAAUUCUCACUUGCAAAUUUGCUUUUCCAUUUUGACUGGAGAAUGGCUCAAGGGAAUAGGCCUGAGGAACUUGAUAUGACUGAAUCCUUUGGCUUGUCAGUAAAAAGAAAACAGGAUUUGCAGUUGAUUCCUAUCACUUACCACACAGCUAGAAGUUAAGGCCAUAACUAUUAUGUUAUUAAAAUGAGGUUGCUCUCAAACAUUUUAAUAGCAUGGAUUUCUUUUUUUUUUUUUUUUUGUGAAUGGAGCAUGGAUUUCAUUUGAUUGUUGACUAAAUCAAUUUGUUAGCCAAACUAACCACUCUCAAUCUAUAUCACCAUAUGGAUUAGAAUUUGUUAGUCAAUAGUCAAGAACUCUAUGCUAGUCAAAUCUUUGAAAUUUAUGUUGUGUACUUAUUAUUAGUCAUUGCCCAUAAUAACACCUAUGUGAAAUUUUG